AUGAAAGUCGUCAUUGUUACAGGAGCCUCAGCUGGGAUUGGCAAAGGGAUAGCUGUUUAUUUUGCUUCUAAAGGUUUCGCCAUUUCGAUCACUGCUCGCUCGCAAGAGGGACUUGAAAAAACGAAAGCGGAAUGUGUGGCGGCUGGUUGUCCUGAGGAAAAGAUAGUGAUCACUGCCGGAGAUUUGACUGUAAUGGAAACUUGCAAGAAAAUCGUCUCUAACACGAUCUCAAAGCUUGGAUCAAUCGAUGUCUUGGUGAACAACGCGGGUUUUGGAAUCAUCGGCUACCUCGAGACUUUCUCAAUGGAAGACUAUGAUAAACAGAUGAAUUUGAAUCUGAGAACUGUCCAUCAAAUGACAACCACAGCUCUUCCCGAGAUCAUCAAAUCAAAGGGAAACAUUGUCAAUAUCAGCAGCAUUUGCUCACAACUUUCGUGGGCCAUGUCCGGCAUGUAUUGUGUCUCGAAAGCGGCUCUUGAUAUGUACACGAAAUGUUUAUCUCUCGAGAUGGGCCCGAAAGGAGUUCGAGUCAACAGUGUCAACCCAGGCCUUGUCGAGACCGAGUUUCAAAUCCGCGCCGGUUUGUGCACAGCGGACAAUCGGGAAGAGACACUUGGUGGCUUUGCGAGAUCGCAUCCAAUUGGAAGAGGCGGAAAGCCUCAAGAGAUUGCCGCAAUGGUCUACUUCUUGGCGAGCGCUGAAAGCGGUUUCACGACUGGAUCCAUUGUUGUCGUUGAUGGAGGAAGAUCGGUCGGAAUAGCUGAAGAUCCCAACAAUUUUGUUAUCAAUAAA